AUGUUUUUGAGCAAUUUCGCAACAGUUGCUUUAAAACAUAUGGGCGCGAUCCUGCGCAUUAUUACACUUUGCCUGGUUACACCUGGGAUUGUAUGCUUAAAUUUACCGGUUGUCGGUUGCAAAUACCAAAGGAUGUCGAUAUGCUUUUAUUUAUCGAGCGCGGCAUUAGGGGCAGAGUUUCCCAGUGUUGCAAUCGAUAUUCGGGGCAAAUAUUUAAUGUAUUUUGAUGUCAAUAACCUUUGCGAGUGGGCCAUGAGUAGUUGUGAGAAGAGUAUGUGGUACAAGACAAUAAAUAUAAAUAAACUAGACAUACAUAUACUAGCAGCAUACCAACUCGCAUUAAAUUACCUAGAUGAAGGUAUAAAAACCAGGUAUAAAAACCUGCUAGAUCUUCAGUUUAACAACGCCAAUUUUUGUGCCUUCCUUACACCAUCAAGGACAGAGGAGUUGAUUAGAACAGCAUCGAAAAGCUUACCCACAAAUUUACACAUCAUUAGCCAUACGAUCAUCAAAAAGUAUUUGGAUACUUUGCGACGGCAAAAGUCGAUGAAUACAUGAUGAUCAAAGCAGCUCCCACCCCCCUAAAAUUUAGAAAACGACAGAUAUUGGCUCCUCGACGUACGAAACAGCAUCCUGACCGUUGACUACAACAAUCAACUGUACUUCGAGAUCAGCGAUGACGACUUGAAAAGGGCUGUUAAAAGCGGAAAAAAACGGUACAUCUGCUUUCCCGUCAUAAUCCACAGCAUCGAAAACAGUCCGAAUUGUGUAAUCGAUGAAAUAAAUCAAAGAAGCGACAACACGACAUGUGAGAUUAAAUAACAAAAAUUCCAU